AUGUCGUCUCAGUAUCCUCCCCCGCCAGGCUCCGAGGAACCCCACUACACGCCCAUAUACCCUGCGCCGCCGUCGCAACCAAGCCAUGAGCUGCUGGGCCCUGGACCACAGCAGCAGCAGCGCCUGCAGCCCUACCCGCAGGACAUCUACCCCAAGGUCGAGCACCUGAACGAUGUGCUGCAGCUGCAGCAACAGGCGAACCAUGCCCUGGGCACCGAUCAAAGACCACAGUUAGGAACACCGACUGGGCAGGGCGCCGUCGCAGGCCUGAGUCCGCUCAGUGUACACGAUUCGCCUAUGCUCAACCACAGCCAGGACGCGGGAGCGAAGACAAACCGUUUGCGCAAGGCCUGCGACUCAUGCAGUAUCCGCAAAUGCGAUGAAUCAGGACCUCCAUGCCGCGCUUGCGCCGCCCUCGACAUCCCUUGCACCUUUGAACGACCAAGCCGUCGUCGCGGCCCUCCUAACCGCCAUGCCGAAGCCAUUAAGAAGAAGCGACGGUUUGGCGACGUAGAGAUCGAUCCAGCACAGCCUCACCAAGCGUCGUCGCCCACCAAUGCCGCACAUGCGCUUGCCCAGCUCGCCGCUCCAGCUCACCCUAAACCAACCGCCGAAUCGAUAUGCUCCCUCCCAAUCAUGAACAGCCUGAUAGACGACUUCUUCACCUACAUACAUCCACUAUGUCCUUUCCCUCACGAGCCGUCCUUCCGAGAAGCAUGGAACAACCGCGAAGACUGCGGAAACGAUUCCUUCCUAGCUUUACUAGCUUCCAUGAUUGCAGCUUUGGUGGCUUCGUUCCCGCGAAAACCGAGGCUACAUCUCAAGCACCAGACGCGGGAAUUCUUCCCCAACCACCUUGCACUCAUUGAUAGAUGCAGGGAGAUUUGCGCACAGGCACGCGGGCCAGGGUAUCUGGAUAAGCCUAGCUUAAACGUUUAUGAUGCGUGCACAAGCUACUUCCUAGGGUUGGCGGGUGGUUAUACUUUCCGAUGGCGACAGCUACGGUUGUAUCUUGGCGAGUGUCAGACUAUCCUUCGCUCUUUGGGAUUGCACAAGGCAAAAGAGCAGGGCUAUACUUAUCUUGGUCAAUUGCCGGAGGCAACAGGUUCGUCAGGACCUAAAUUCGAGGGCUCACGGGAUGCUCCGCUAGACUACAUCACCGAGCAGAUUGGUCGACGGGUAUUCUAUACGCUUUUUGUGGGCGUGCGGAAUAUGCAGCAGCUAGGAGCUUCCUUCGGUGAACUCACUAUGCUACCUUCAACGCCAACUGAACAGCUUCCUCCACUACCACUGGAAGUGGAUGACGCAUGCAUCUUUCCUCACGAAAUCCGACCGCAACCUCCAGAGGUGGUCUCCGAAAUCACGGGCUUCAACCUUAAUGUCCGUGUCUACAACUCCUAUGCGGCACUAUCAACUUCGGAAAUGGCAUAUGGCAUCGAUGAGCUCUACGACUGGGACCAGCAGCAGCGAAUGCUGGACCAAUGCCUGCAGCGCUGCAAGGAGGUCCUUGCUAACAUUCCUUCGGUUCUCCAAGUGCAAAAGAAACCGCAGGAUGGGGGUCUUACUCAGCGACGCCAACCAUACUAUCCCCCUAUGCCAGAAUACAUGGGCAUGCGAGAUCCAAAUCUGAACAACCUAGGCAAUCCAGACUUAGUCGAAGCCCGUCGCACGAUGCAGUACGAGAUCCAGAAAGCAAACAUCUAUGGUUCCCAUCUCAGUAUACGGUCGUACCUCGUGGAGAAAUACUUCGCGCUGCUGGAUAAGAGCAAUAACGCGAGGACGCAAGCCGCACUCCAGAGCUCCCCCAGCGCACCAAUCACCGGUCUUGACCGGCUGAUUUCCAGCUCCACAAUCGAAGCGGAAGAACUAGAGAAACGCAUGAGCGAAGAGCGCGAGCAAGUCGUCAAAGACCUGCUCGUCGUUCUCGGCAGCAUCGACAUGGUCAACAUGGAGCCGAACGGCGAUUCCUUCACGCAGAAGAUCCGCAGCAUAGCCAGCACCCUCCUCGAGAUACCCAAGGAGCGAAAAGGCUCGGUCGCGCUGCAGCAUCAAGAUUACCUGUACAAGUUUUUGGAUAUACUGAGUAAGCUUGAGCGGGUUAAUCCCGAGGGGUCGGAUCCGAGUGCGGGUCCGGUGGACGAGGAAGCGGAGCUCAGGGCUUGGGCUGAUGUUAGGGACUAUCAGCUUAAGUUUCAGGAGCAAGGGGGGAUUUAUGGGUUCAAUUGA